AUGUCGUCUGAUAACUUGGAAGCGGUCGAUUUGACCUCGCUCAAUGCUCUUGCUGCUGGAUUCAACAAGAAAGCGCCCAGAAUUGUCGCUGCGGGCUUGGGCGGAAAAUUGAUGGGCACAAAGUCUUUGGUGGAUGUCACCGCAGACCAGAUGACCAAGGACCUGGAAACUCUUCUCGAAAAGGACGAAAGAGAACGUGAGAAGUACAUGCGUACCGCCCACAUUUCCGAACAGCCUUGGACCUUGAGCAACUGGCACCAGCACGUGAACUGGUUGAACGUCAUUCUUGUCAUUCUCAUCCCUGCCUUUGGCUGCUACUCGGCCUACCACUACCCACCUCAGUUGAAGACGGUGCUCUUGGGUGCCCUCAUGUACCUCUUCUCUGGUGUUUCCAUCACUGCAGGCUACCACAGACUAUGGUCGCACAAGGCUUAUGAUGCUGCUGUGCCCGUGAGACUUUUCUUUGCCUUUUUCGGCGCCGGUGCUGUGCAAGGUUCCAUCAAGUGGUGGGGCCACUCGCACAGAAUCCACCACAGAUUCACUGACACCAACAGAGACCCUUACGAUGCCAGACAAGGUUUUUGGUUUUCGCACAUGGGCUGGAUGUUGAGCAUUGCCAACCCUAAGAACAGAGCCAGAGCAGACAUCUCUGACUUGACUGCUGACCCCAUUGUUGUGUUCCAACAUCGCCACUACUUGCUUCUCAUGGUGACUGCCGCUGUGCUUUUCCCCUGCUUGAUUGCUGGUCUUUUCUGGGGCGACUACUGGGGAGGUUUCAUCUACGCAGGUAUCUUGAAGUUCUUCUUCAUUCAACAAGCCACUUUCUGCGUCAACUCUUUGGCCCACUGGAUUGGUGUGCAACCUUUUGACGACAGAAGAACCCCAAGAGACCAUGUCCUCACUGCAUUGGUUACCUUUGGUGAAGGCUACCACAACUUCCAUCACGAGUUCCCCUCUGACUACAGAAAUGCCUUGAAGUGGUACCAAUACGACCCAACCAAGGUUACCAUUUGGUUAUUGUCGAAGGUUGGCUUGGCCUGGAACUUGAAGACCUUCUCCCAAAACGCCAUUGAGCAGGGCUUGUUCCAACAACAACAGAAGAAGUUGAACAGAAUGAAGAACAAGUUGAACUGGGGCCCUGCCGUCAGUGAAUUGCCUGUUUGGGACAAGGACCACUUCAACGAGAUUGCCAAGGAAGAGGGCCUUAUCAUCAUUUCGGGCAUUGUUCACAAUGUCAAGAGCUUCAUUAAGGAACAUCCUGGUGGACAGGCAUUGGUGAGAGCUUCUUUGGGCAAGGAUGCUACAAAGGCUUUCAACGGUUUGGUUUACGCACACUCUAACGCUGCUCACAAUAUGUUGGCUACGAUGAGAGUUGCUGUGAUCAAGGAUGGAGAAGUCAAUGGCGAUACCUUUGGCUUGCAAGAAGAAAUGAUGGCCAAGAAGGAUCUUUAG